UAACCAAACACGUAAAAAUCUGUAUGAGUUAAUGGGUUUUUGUUAUUUUUUAUUGUAGAAGUGUAUUUUGUGUACGUUUAGUUUUUGAGCUAUACAGGUAUAAUUAAAUCCGAAAUAGAAGGAAUGUGUAUGCAUGGGAAAUUUACACCUGGGUAUUUGAAUUUAGGGGAAAAGAAACAAUUUUGAGUUUUUUUUUUUUUUUUGAUGAAUGGGUGGUGAAAAAGAAACAUUUUUUUGAUCGAUGAUGAUGACUCAUUAGUUGGUUAACCAUUGAUACAUCAGAAUAUAGGGAAAAGAAUCAGUUUUGAGGUUUUUUUCUGAUGAAAUGAUAGCGAGUUAAUGCAUAAAUUUGAUCAGUUAUUGCUAAAUCAUUGCUAUCUGUAAAUGUUUCUUUGAGUUGUGAGUUAAGGGAUAGAGAUAGAUUCAAGAUUUUUUGCUGAUUUGUUGGAUCUUUCAAGGUUUUGUUUCUAUUUCAUAAGAUGUCAUGUUAGGUUUUAGAGGCAUCUGAUUCUAUUUAUUAGAAUUGGGGGUGAACCUUCUCGGCACCAAAAACUUGGUGGGAGGAGGUAAUGAGUUGGUGAGAAGAAUGCUCUUCAUGUCAAUUGGUGUAUGUGUUUUUGAUUGACUUUACCUGAGGAGCAAAGAACGAUAUGGGCUGUAGGGUCAGAGACUUUAAUGAAGUAUGUUGUUAUCCUUCUUGAGUAAGCGUUCAUUGGAUGUUGAUGCCAGGGAUGCAUAUGGAUUUACAGUGAGACCACAACAUCUUCAAAGAUACCAAGAGUAUGCAACUAUAUAUAGGGAAGAGGAAGAAGAAAGAUCAGAGAAGUGGAAGGGCUUUCUUGAUAACCAAGAAGAAUCAAGUCAGCCACAUGCUUCAGAGCAGUUGGACAUCCGGACUGUGGAUUUAGAAGUUAAAAACCAGCAGCAAACGGUUCCUGUUCAAGCAUCUCAAGAAGAAGGCAAUGAUCCAGUGGGAGAUAAUCCAGUUUCAGACAUUAAAAGGGAAAGUGAUCUUAAAAGGGAGUUGCUAGCUUAUCCACCAAAAAAAUCCUGUCAUGCUUAUACGUGGUCUGAAAUUAGAGCAUCUUUGAGUCUCAUUGAUCAUCUGAUGAGCUUUCGUGUGAAGAAGACACCAAAGACGAAAGUUAAAUUGUCAACUGAUGUUCACAAUCAUCUUGCAACUAUUAAAGAGCAAGAGGAGUUGGAAGAAGAAAAUGGAGAAGAACGUUCUGUCAAUGAAAAUUUGGAUGAUGGUAUCAACACCUCUGCAGAACUAGGUAGUGCCGACAGUGGAGUUUCUCCAGAACUUUCCUUUCCUUGGAAAGAGCUAGAGUUCCUUGUUCGUGGAGGAGUUCCAAGGGAUCUUAGGGGAGAGGUAUGGCAAGCUUUUGUUGGAGUCAGAGCACGUCGACUGGAAAUAUAUUACUUGGAUUUGCUUGAUCCAGAAAGUGAUACUGGUGAUGGUCAGGAGCAUGAUGGAUCAUCAUUGGCUGAAGAGAACAAGAGACCGAGUAAAGAAAGCAUUCAUGUGCCAGAGAAAUUGAGAAAGCAGAUUGAGAAGGAUCUUCCGCGAACCUUUCCUGGACAUCCUGCACUAGAUGAGAGAGGUCGAAAUUCCUUAAGGCGUCUACUUAUAGCAUAUGCUCGUCACAAUCCAGAUGUGGGGUAUUGCCAGGCAAUGAACUUUUUUGCUGGUAUCUUGCUUCUAAUGAUGCCAGAAGAAAAUGCAUUCUGGGCAUUGGUGGGUCUUAUUGAUGAAUACUUUGAUGGCUGUUACUCACAAGAGAUGAUAGAAUCCCAGGUGGAUCAAUUGGUGUUUGAGGAGUUGGUGCGCGAAAGGUUUCCGAAACUUGUCAAUCAUCUUGAUUACUUGGGAAUGCAAGUGGCAUGGAUUUCUGGACCUUGGUUUCUUUCAAUUUUUGUAAAUGUGCUUCCCUGGGAAAGUGUCCUCCGAGUUUGGGAUGUGCUUCUCUUUGAGGGAAAUCGUGUCAUGAUCUUUCGAACAGCACUUGCUUUGAUGGAGUUGUAUGGUCCUGCUGUAGUUACAACUAAGGAUGCUGGGGAUGCAAUCACCUUAUUUCAAUCCCUUACAGGCUCAACUUUUGAUAGUAGCCAACUUGUGUUGACAGCUUGUAUGGGUUUCUUAAAUGUUACUGAAGAUAGGUUGCUAGCACUGAGAGAAAAACAUCGGCCAGCUGUGCUUGCAGUUUCUCAGGAGAGAUCAAAGGGAGGGCCUGUUAAGAAAGAUCCAAAAGGUCUUGCCUCCAAGCUGUAUAGUUUUAAGCAUGAUCCUGAUUCUUUUAUGAAAGAAAUGAAGCCAGAGGAAUGCUCAGGUGAUAAGAAAACAGACAAUAAAAUAUCAGACUCAAAUUCCAACUCCGCAAGUAUGGAUGAAUUUCUCAACAGCUUUAACAUAGAUUCACAUGUUGAUUCCCUUCCAGGUCUUCAAGAACAGGUUGUUUGGUUGAAGGUUGAGCUCUGCAGGACACUGGAAGACAAGCGAGCAGCUACCCUGAGAGCUGAAGAGUUGGAGACAGCGCUUAUGGAGAUGGUCAAAGAAGAUAACCGACGACAAUUAAGUGCUAGGGUUGAGCAAUUGGAGCAAGAAGUAGCUGACUUGCGACACACCCUUAAUGAUAAGAAAGAGCAGGAGAAAGCAAUGCUUGAGGUUUUGAUGCGGGUUGAGCAAGAACAGAAGGUAACAGAAGAUGCUAGGAUUGCUGCCGAGCAGGAUGUGGCAGCUCAAAAGUAUGCAGUACACGUUCUUCAGGAAAAGUAUGAAAAGGCUAUGGCUUCUGUUGCUCAGAUGGAGAAGAGAGUUGUCAUGGCUGAAUCGAUGCUUGAAGCUACCUUGCAAUAUGAAUCUGGUCAAGUCAAAGCUCUAUCUUCCCCACGGGCGACAAAACCAGAUUCUCCGCAAGGUGCACCAGCAAAAAGGACAGGUCUACUAUCGUUCGGCCUUGGUUGGCGUGAUCGGAACAAGGCGAAACCAAGCAACCUGAACGAAAUGAAAUCUGCGGAUGAAGGACCUGAAAUGAGCAGUACGGCUACUGAAGCUAACGGACAGCAAGAAUAGUAAACAUGCUGUUGCUUAUUGAAGGUGUAUACUGAAAGUUGUGAUUAUAAGAGGUGGUAAUUACACCCUCAAUUGGUUGCAUAUGUAGUUAGGUCCUUUCGGCGUUCUGUUGGAGUGUAACUUGUACCUCUUAGCUCAAUUUUGUUUCAACAGUUAUUUGAUUCUUCUGUACAGUUACAACAAACCUGUAAAGAAAUUUGGCAUCUACUUGUAGCAGUUAUGGAAUGUGAGCUUCGAUUUUGCUUAAUUGUGAAUGAGUUUAAGUUAUAUACAC